CAGAGUGGGGCUACGUGAGACGUUUCGCGGUUCGUCCGUGUCUUAAUCGUUCUUCGUUCACGAUCCGUGGUCCGGUUAUCGGACUUGAAGUAUUCCAAAAUGACUCUUCUAUCGUUACGUUUAGCUUCUUCGAUAGCGAGACAAUUGCCGAACACUACAAUUCAGAUCAAAUGGCCGUUUAGUAUAGCCUCUUGCAAAUAUCAUGUAUCAUGUAGUAGACGUUCUGCUGAAAUUUCUUCCAUUUUGGAAGAACGUAUACUUGGUGCAACUUCUAAGGCCAAUGUUGAAGAAACAGGUAGAGUGCUCAGUAUUGGUGAUGGUAUUGCCCGUGUAUAUGGUCUUAAAAAUAUUCAAGCAGAUGAGAUGGUAGAAUUUAGUUCAGGACUAAAAGGUAUGGCUCUGAACUUGGAGCCAGAUAAUGUUGGUGUUGUCGUCUUUGGUAAUGAUAGACACAUUAAGGAAGGUGAUAUCGUUAAACGUACUGGAGCUAUUGUUGAUGUUCCGGUUGGAGAAGAAUUACUGGGGCGUGUUGUAGAUGCAUUAGGUAAUCCUAUUGAUGGUAAAGGACCACUUAACAGUAAAUUGAGAUUUCGUAUUGGUACUAAAGCACCUGGCAUCAUUCCUAGAGUAUCUGUUAGGGAACCCAUGCAAACUGGCAUUAAAGCUGUAGAUUCUUUAGUACCUAUUGGUCGUGGUCAACGUGAACUGAUCAUUGGAGACAGACAAACUGGAAAAACUGCUCUUGCCAUUGAUACAAUUAUUAAUCAGAAACGAUUUAAUGAUGCUGGAGAUGAAAAGAAAAAACUAUACUGUAUUUAUGUUGCUAUUGGUCAAAAAAGAUCCACUGUUGCACAAAUAGUAAAACGUUUAACAGAUAGUGGAGCUAUUAAUUAUACUAUCAUUGUUUCUGCAACUGCUUCUGAUGCUGCACCUCUCCAAUAUUUGGCACCAUAUUCUGGUUGUGCAAUGGGAGAAUUCUUCCGAGAUAAUGGAAAACAUGCUUUAAUUAUUUACGAUGACUUAUCGAAACAAGCUGUUGCCUAUCGACAGAUGUCUUUAUUGUUAAGGCGACCACCAGGUCGUGAAGCCUACCCUGGUGAUGUAUUUUAUCUUCAUUCUCGUCUUCUUGAACGAGCGGCUAAAAUGAAUGAAAGUUUGGGAGGUGGUUCAUUAACAGCUCUACCUGUUAUUGAAACACAAGCUGGUGAUGUGUCAGCUUAUAUUCCCACAAACGUCAUUUCCAUCACUGAUGGUCAAAUCUUCUUAGAAACAGAAUUGUUUUAUAAAGGUAUUCGACCUGCAAUUAAUGUUGGUCUAUCAGUAUCACGUGUCGGUUCUGCUGCUCAAACUAAAGCCAUGAAACAGGUUGCUGGUUCUAUGAAAUUGGAAUUGGCUCAAUAUCGUGAAGUAGCAGCUUUUGCACAAUUUGGUUCUGAUUUGGAUGCUGCAACUCAACAACUACUUAACCGUGGUGUCAGACUAACAGAACUUCUUAAACAGGGACAAUAUGUACCUAUGGCUAUUGAAGAACAAGUAGCUGUUAUCUAUUGUGGUGUUCGUGGAUAUCUUGAUAAAAUGGAACCCACAAAAAUUACUGCCUUUGAAAAAGAAUUCUUGGCCCACAUUAGAUCUUCUCAACGAGACCUCCUAAAUACCAUUGCAAAAGAUAACACAAUUAGUGAAUCUUCGGAUGCAAAACUGAAACAGGUUGUUACUGACUUCCUUGCUUCCUUUGCAGGUUAAAACGUCAGUAAAAAAUAACUAACAAUUCUCUGCUAUGCAAGAGUCACGUGCAAAUAAUAUUCAUUAUCAUAAGAAUGUUUGUUAUUGCACAUUAUAAAUAUCGUUACAAAGAAUUCCAUAUUUAAACAUUAAAUCACAAUAGUCAUAUAUAAAUACUUACUCUACAAGUUACAUUUGUUAAUAAAAUUAAAAACACAAUUUUGGUAAUUAAACAUA